CCGCGGCCAUGGGACUGGGGCAGGCGCUGGCGGCCGCGGCCGUGUGCGCCGCGGUGCUGGGCUGCGCGGGGGCGUCCCGGCUGCUGAGCGGGCAGACAGUUUGCCGGGGUGGAACUCAGCGACCAUGCUACAAAAUCAUUUACUUUCAUGAUGCUUUGCGCAGGAUCAGCUUUGAAGAAGCACAGCAGGCAUGCAGAAGAGAUGGUGGGCAUUUAGUCAGUAUUGAAUCAGAAUCAGAACAGAGACUGAUUGAAAAAUUGAUUGAGAGUCUCUUGGCUUCAGAUGGAGAUUUUUGGAUAGGACUUAGAAGAAAAGAGGAAAACAUGGAUAAUAGCACAGAAUGUCAGGGCCUGUACUCAUGGUCUGAUGGCAGUACAUCCACAUUUCGGAAUUGGUAUACAGAUGAGCCUUCCUGCGGGAGUGAGAUCUGUGUUGUGAUGUACCACCAGCCCUCUGCCCCGGCAGGUGUCGGGGGUUCCUAUAUGUUUCAGUGGAAUGAUGACAGAUGCAACAUGAAAAAUAACUUCAUUUGCAAAUAUUCUCUUGAAAAACCAACUGCUGCCUCAGAAGAGAACUCCCGAAAUGUUGUAACAGGGUCCUUGAAGCCAAUGUUCCCAGAAGAAUGCGUUAAGGAAGAUGCCAAUGAAACCCUUAAAGAAACCAAAGAACCUGUUUUGAGUCUUGCCUACAUCUUAAUUCCCAGCAUCCCUCUGCUCCUUCUCCUGAUGGUCGUUACAGCCAUCUUCUGUUUUUGGCUUUUUGCAAAGAGGAAACGAGAGCACAUGGAGGCGAGUCCAAAGGAGCAAGAUGCCUGGAUCUCCCCCCACAGGAGGAACAGUCCCAAUCUGGAGAUUUACAAUGUAAUUAAAAAACAAAUGGAGGCAGAUCUGGCUGGGACCAGGCCAGAUAUUAAGAAUUCUUCCUUCCGCACCCCUUCCGGAGACCACACGUCUGACAACUUCUCCGGAGAUUACGACAACGUGGCUGUGAAUACUUCAGGGAGCGGUUUUGUGACAUUAGCUAGUCCUGAAAGUGGCUUUGUGACCAAUGAGAUCUAUGAGCUGUGCAGUGAUCAGAUGGGACAAAGCAAGGAGUCGGCCUGGGUGGAAAACGAAAUAUAUGGAUAUUAAGGAAACUGGAAACACCUGGAUGUGGGUGAUGCAACAGAUAAAAACACGAGUAGUCCCCCACGCACCAUAUUUAACAGUGAACACAAAAAUAGUGUGUGGCCGUGCAUAGUGGUUUCAGAUUGCCUCUGUGCUCAUUUUUUUUUUUUAAGGCUAUGUUGUUUUAAACAGUUGAACACAACAGAAUGUAUUUAGCUUGCCUUGCUUCAAACCCCUGUUCAAUACUGAGAAUGAUCUUUCUUGGUCUUGGUUCUUUUUUUUCUGUUGGAACUACAAUAUUUCCUGAGCUACAGACAUGAAAAUAUUUCUAGAUCUUUGCAACUAAAAAUCAGUCCAAAUUCUUUCAUUUUUGUUAACUGACCUCAUUCACAUGGAUGUUUUUAAGUUGUAAGCCGGCCAUCCUUGCUUUCUCCUAACUGCACCAGAGAAUGGUGGCAGGUUGGUCAUUUGUUUCCAUCUCAAACCAUGUUUAGUUACAUGGAUUCCCUCACCAUCUGGUUUGUAAUGUUGCCAGUCAGGCACUUCAUUAGGGACUGGCAGUGUAGCCCAUGUGCCUUUCCCUCCUUCUUAGUCCCGCUAGCCAUGCAGGGUGUCUCAGAGACUGCCCUUAAAUGAUCUCAUUCAUUUAAUUUUUUUUUUUAAGAACCAGAUAGCCAAAGAUUUCAAAAAUCUCAGCAGCUGUGUUGGUGUUGUAUGGCGGAUAAUUUUGCCUCACUUAUCCUCCAGGCAAGAGAAUGGCAAAACAGUGACACAAGCAGCACCUUCUCAGUGUUGUGUAGGGGAGAAAUGGCCUCAGAAGUUGCUGCAAUCUGAUGGGCUUCUGUGUUGGUUUUGCUAUCCAGAGUUAUGCUUAUUUGCCCUCAGUGGCAAGUUAAACACUGGUUACAUUAUUAUAGAGUAAAUAGCCUGUUACUGACGGACGUAGAUAUUUUUUCCCCCUCUCAUGCUCGUGAGCUGUACUGGAUGCUAUGAAGAUUGCUACAAUGGCUCCUCUGACUGCAGACUGAUUACAUGUUGCUAAUCUCAGCAUGGAUGAGAUUACUAAAGAAGCACAUUUAAUAGAGUUUCUAAGCAGCUAGGAGAAGUGCAGAUACACCAAAGCCAUGGAGUUGGUAUGAGGGAACCUGCCAAACGUCUAUGCAAGUGACCCUCCGCUGGAGUUUGUAUCCAAAUCCUCAAUAACCCACAAGUAUUUAGACUGGAGCAACAGCAUGAUUGUAAGGGAUGUGCCGACAGCUCUGUGGUUGAAUUAAGUUCAUGCUUUAUCGAUUAGUGAAUGCAUUAAGAUUACAAUUAAUUUUUUGAGCUGUUGAUACAUAAGUAUGAGACUUUUGUUACCAUGUGAAGCCUAAGACAUGGGCUGUGAGAUGACUGAACCUAUCUUACUUAACAACUGGUAUGUUUUUAAAGCUUUUGAGGCACAAUACAACAUUUAAGACAGCCCCCUAAUCAAAGAAUUGGGAUUAUAUAUUGGAAACGAAGGUGAGCAUCUGGACAUCUUUCUUGCCCCUUCUCUCCAGCAUUUUCGCCCAUUUAAUCUCUUUUCUACCUGAGAGGAUAAUGUUUGAUAUCACAGAUAAUGUGGAAAGGAGACUGAAAUAAGUGUGUGACUGGCAAUUUCUUUGUACUGUACUUGUCUGGCUCCUGACUGCAUGGCGAGGUGCCCAGAGUUGCCUUGAGCCACCUGAAAUGAGUUUGAACACUACACACAGUCUUUCCUAGAAAGGACCAAAACCAAGAUGGACAAUGUGCAAACUGUGUGGAUCUGCCAAUGGGCGUUAUUCUUUGAGAAAUGGAUUCCUAUAACUUUGUACUUUAAUACUACCGAAGAGCCCCUUGUCACACAUCGAAAAGGCAUUUGAGGGAUUGUAGGGAGGAAGCUGUGAAUCAAAAAGUGACCAAGGAAGUACUCUCCUUUCCUAUGUAUCUGACAACUGACACAGUUAAAUCUGACUUACACCAUAAUGACAACAAGCUGGUUUCAGUCCUGAUGCAAGUUCUGUUACACAAGUGUGAGCUGUUGACUCGAAAGCUUGUGUGUCUCACCAACAGAUGUUGUCCCAAUAAAAGAUAUUUCCUCACCCACCUUGGUAAGCCAAGAGAGAGGCAUUUCCCAAACAACCUCAUUUCUACCAACAAAGCUUUACCAUGCUAAACCAUUCAGAACUGCAAGCCUAGCUGUAUCUGUUUUGGGAUGCUGACAAGCUCUUGAGCAAGAUGUGGUGGGGAGGAGUGGACUCAGAAUCUGAACUCGGGAGAGAGCAGUACUGAUGACUUUGGGUUUACUAUUAACUUGAUGAUCAUUAGAGCUUUCUAAUGCCUGUGUUGUGCUUGUUUAUAUGCAGUCCUUUGAAUGUCGGGAUUACAGUAAUCAAGGUUUUGUGUGCUCCACAGGAAGCUUGAUAUAAAUCAUGUGGCAAGGUUGCUGCACUGUUCAGUGCAGCAGACUGGAGCUCUGGCUUCAGAUAAGAGUAAAAAUGGAGAUUCAUAUUUAACUGGAUACAAAAAUGAAUACACUCAUGGCAGGCUUCCCUUUGCUUUUGAAUAUUAAAUGCCAUUUAUUUUCUGCUGGCCUUA